CUAGUAAACUUCCUAAAAGUCAAAUAAGAACAAACAUAGAAAUGAAAAACAGAAAGAUAGAAGAAAGAAAAAAACAAAUUGCAUUCCUCAUGUUACCGUUUCGUUAGAAACUAGGCUGCUACAUACAAUUUCCCAAGAUGCUCAUAUGUUUCCUUCACAUAUUUCGUUAAACAAUUAGCAGAAACCAUGGCCUUCCAUGAUCGAAAACUCAUAUUUGAAUCACUUGAUAAUUCCACAGGCAAAACUUGUAACAGCUAUUAUUGCAACACAAAAGAAAACCCUUCUGGAAUUUGUCCAAUUUCAUGCCUAUAUAUUUGCUAUCCAAUUUGUACUUUUCCCCUGUUUAAUGAAAUCCAACCACCAUUACCACCAGAUUUUUUCACCCCCAAAGUUCCUAUUCCUCAGUCUCCACAUAAACACAUUAUUUCCAUCUUCUUGAUUAUUCUGUUUUCUGUGUUGGCUACUUCUUUCUUCAUUUUUUGUUGCUUCGUGGCUUACAGAAUCCGAAAAUCAAGAAUUUUGUCACGAGCGUCGCGGCGAGUUGAAGAAGAAGAGGAGUUUAGUGAUAUUGUUGAUGAAGAUAUUCAUGGACCAAUGGUGGAUCAUCCUAUAUGGUAUAUUAGAACAGUGGGUCUUCAACCAUCAGUUAUUAGUGCUAUCACGAUUUGCAAGUAUACAAGGGGAGAAGGAAUAAUUGAAGGAACGGAGUGCUCUGUUUGCUUGAGUGAGUUUCAAGAAGAUGAAACUCUUAGGAUUUUGCCAAAGUGUAACCACGCUUUUCACAUACCUUGUAUUGAUACUUGGCUUAGAUCACACACCAAUUGCCCCAUGUGUCGUGCCGCCAUUGUCAUCGCCCCAGCCGCCACCUCAUCGUCGUCUGAACAUAAUUCAGGACUGAGACAUGAAGAAGAAACUCGUCCGAGAAUAAUUUCAGAGAAUACCACGGAAUUAAGGAUUGAGAUUGAAAAUGAAGGUGAUUCGGUGGAUGUUAGUACCAUGGAUAUGAGCGGAAAUUCCAAAGAAGAUGUGGGGAAUGGUACUAAUGAAGGAGUGACAAGUGAAUUGUGUGCAUCAAGAGGAUCAGCAUCUUCUGUCAUCGCAAAUUCUUCAAGAGAACAUUGGGCUGAUCAAAAUUCAAGAAAGAAAUCAAUUGAGGUAAAUGAAUCAGAGACGGGUACUUCUGGAUCACAAAUGAGGUCUCUUUCUUGCAGUACCAAGGUAUUGAUCAGAAGAAGCCAGAGUGCUGCUCUUCUUCGAUGAGAUAAUGUUAGUUGUAAUAAGUGUAGUAUAGUAUAUAUAAAAAGUAUUAUGCUGAUGAAAAAUGGAGAUCAGCCAGAGAGAAAAAAAUCUCUCUUAUAUUGUCAAAGCCAAAGGCUUCUGGCAAAGGUUAUCAAAAAAAAAAAAAAAAAAAACUGUUUGUAUGAAGUAUAAUUGUUGUCCUUA